GAGAGCAGACAGCAGAGUGAGACUUAUCUGAAGCUCGGCUUUGCCGCCCCGGCCAUGCGCGUUGCCGCCACCCAGCUGCCCCUCCCCGCCGUCUCCCAUCCUCGCCGGCGGCGGAGAGAUCAGCACGCGCCGCCCGCACCCCCGGGGGCGCUCGCCGCCAUCCUGCGCUCGCGCGUCAUCGCGUGCCUCCGCGCGGAAGACGGCGAGACGGCACUGCAGGCGGCGCAUGCGGCUGUCCGCGGUGGCGUCAGUGUGUUGGAGGUCGUGAUGCCAACUCCUGGAGUGCUGGAGGUUAUUGAAGAUCUUUGCAGGAGUUAUCCUUCUUUAACAUUCGGGGUUGGCACGGUCUUAAAUGCUGCUGAUGCAAGGAAAGCCAUAGGAUCUGGUGCACAGUUUCUGAUGAGUCCUGGCACAGUCAUGGAAAUACUUCAUGAUCUAGAAGAAAGUAAGGUUCUAUACAUCCCUGGAGUGCUGACACCAUCUGAAGUUUUAUCUGCUUGCAAUGCUGGUGCAGAAGUUGUUAAGGUAUAUCCAGUGUCUGUGAUGGGUGGUGAGGUGUACAUGUCUGCUCUGAAGAAACCAUUUCCUCAUGUGCCGAUGGUUGCUUCUCAAGGAAUCCAAAUAGGUUCAAUCAAGGGGUAUGUGGAGGCAGGGGCAUCCGCAGCGGUGUUGUCUGAUGCCAUUUUUGACAAGGAAUUGAUGAGGAAGGGAAAAUUCAGCGAAAUUUCAGAACUUGCCAGUCUAGCCACUGCUGAGGGGUUGCAGUCCAUAAAGUGAGACAUAUCUGACAGUUCUACAGCAUCGCAGAUUUGUGGCCUAGAAAAUAUGAGGCACAUAUCCUUUGGCUAGCCAUUGUGCUAUAUGAUCUUCUCCGGUGGGGCACAUAUCAGGCCCUAACACUGCCAACUAAACGGAAAUCAUUGAUACCGCCCUUUUUGCAGAAGCAGUGAUUCCAUCUCCCAAAUACAGCUAUAGAAGUAGUACCGCUGCGUGCUUGUAACAAUGCACCAAAAUUGUGCUUUCCAAACAAGGAUCUUCACAGCUAGCAGAAGUGCGUUUGUUCUCGGUCCAGAUCAGAAGUGUGAAGGGUCUGCUGUGAUGCCACGAAGCCAACCACACAUUCAGCUGCGGUGGAAUCACCACAAUUCAUACAAGAACAGAGGCAAAUGAAAGGGAGAUUGCAAGGUAUCUUGUGCUUCCCCGAGAUGAUCAGGGUGCCUGAACCCGUGCUCUGUGCCACACUGCCAUUAGGCCUACUUCUCUCGAGCAAAAUGGACUCACAUGUUGAUGAACAGCUUUGGAUUUUUUUUUGUAAUUAUAGUGGUGCAAACAAUAUUUUUUUCAAUGUUAACCUAAACAUUAAACGGGUUACCCACCAUGUAGUAAAUAAUCGGAAUACAUGAUCA